CUCACCACACAGCACCUGUAGUUCACGAACAUCACUGUAUUGUUUGAUUUUGUUCAUGAUGUGGUUUAGUCGGAUAGCGAUCAGGAGACUGCAGAGGAUUGGCGUUGAAAUUGCUCCGUGCACCGCUGCCGGAUUUCAGCGCGCGAUGUCCACGUUACCGAGAGUUUAUGUGACGCGUCAAAUUCCGCCGGACGGCUUGGACAUCCUCCGAAAAUCUGGACAGGUGCAGUUUGAGAUGUGGGACUCUGAUGACCCUGUGCCCCGAAAGGAGCUGCUGAAAAAGGUCAAAGGUUGCGAUGGGAUACUGUGUGUACUCACAGAGAAGAUCGAUGCAGAACUACUGGACGCCGCCGGUCCAAAUUUGAAAGUUCUCAGCACUAUGUCAGUGGGUUUCGAUCAUCUUUCUUUGGGUGAGCUCAAGAAAAGGCAAAUCCGUGUGGGAUAUACUCCAGAUGUCCUGACUGAUGCUGUGGCUGAACUGACUGUUGCCCUGCUACUUACCACAUCACGAAGACUCAUCGAAGCCACCCAUGAGGCUAAAACGGGUGGCUGGGGUACAUGGAGAACUAUGUGGCUGUGUGGCUAUGAACUAGCAAACAGCACAGUUGGCAUCCUGGGACUUGGGAGGAUUGGUGUGGCCAUCGCAGAGCGCCUGAAGCCAUUUAAAGUAAAGAAGUUCAUUUACACAGAUGUGGUACCAAGACCUGAACUCGCAGAUAUGAUACAAGCAGAAUAUGUCUCCUUAGAUGAGUUGGCGAAACAGUCAGAUUUCCUGGCAGUGUGCUGUGCUUUGACUCCAGAGACUCAGGAGAUCUGUAAUAAGAAUCUAUUCGGUAAGAUGAAGAAAAACGCCAUCUUCAUCAACACAAGCAGAGGUGGUGUGGUUAAUCAGGAAGAUUUGUAUAAAGCACUGUCCACCGGUCAGAUCGCUGGAGCUGGGCUGGAUGUCACCACACCUGAACCACUGCCAACAAACCAUCCUCUUUUCACACUCAAAAACUGCGUGAUUCUUCCCCACAUUGCCAGCGCUUCCUACACCACCCGGAACGCCAUGUCUGCGCUUGCUGCCAACAACCUGCUAGCUGGCCUCAGAGGAGAACCUAUGCCUAAAGAACUUAAGCUUUAGAGCAAAACACAAAUAAAACAGUUAAAGGGACAAUUCACCUUAAAAUCCUAAAAAUUAAAAUUCAAUUAAUGGUUUACUCACCCACACUUUGUUUCCAAACUCUUUAUGUGGACCAGAUUAAAGUUACUCACUAAGGGGUGCUUUUCCGGACAGGACUUGAGUCAAGUCCCAGACUAAAAUAUGCAUGUUUAAGCGGUCUUAACUGAAAACAGCUUGCACUGACAUCAUUUUGUCUCAUGAUGCACACUAGUAAUGUUUUUUUGUCUGUUAUGUUUGAUAAAACGACUUUAUUUACAUAGUAAAACCAAGGCCUAGCCCUGGCUUAAUCUAAACCCUGUCUGGGAAACUGACCCUAAAAAUAUUAAGCACCACUAAAGUUUUCAAGUGCAUUUCACACAUUUACUUGCACAUCAUGUUCCGUCACAAAAUAUUUUUAUUUUUAGGUGAACUAUUACUUUACAAGAUUAACAAUGCUGAGCCCAUGUUUGUGAGUACACAGACAAGGUCCACAGUCUGAGAUCAAUGAUCUACAAAGAGCAAACUCAACGAAGUCCAGCCGUCCCGGAGGUCACCCAAAAGUGAAAAUUCAAAUUGUUCCAAACCUGUAUAAAUUUCUUUGUUCUGCCAAAAAAAGUUAGAUAUUUUGAGCAAUGUUUGUAACCAAUUAGUUUUAAAGCACCAUUGACUUCCAUAGUAUUUUUCCUUUCUACUAUAGAAGUCAAUGGUGCUCCUGCUUCCUACUUAAUUAUAAAUAUCUUGCUUUGUGGUAAUCAGAACAAAGACAGGUUUGCAACAACAUGAGGGUUAAUAAUGAAUUUUAAUUUUUAGGUGAACUAUCCCUUUUACAAGACUUGCAGUUUAUUAUUAUACCUGUGUGCCUUUGGUAUUUUUGUUUUAAGACAUUAAAAUAUUUUUUCCCAUUUCUAAUCAAACAAAUGAAUAAAUGUUAUUAAUAAAACAAGGUCUAACAUCUCA